AGACAGAGCUAAGUUGUCGUAGGUCGUCUUCAACCGAGCUAUCUAAAAAUAUCUGAGAUUCGAAGGGCUUGGCCAGAGGUUUGAAGGGUAUGGCUCCGACAGCAUCAAGGGAUAAGCGGGCGCGAACGUGUGAAUCGUCCGAAGAACGGCUACCGGUACCAGAACGAGUACCUCGCUUGCUAGCGUUAAAACGUUGCGGAAGGGCCUAUGGAUUUGAUAUGGAUUUCAACAGCGAUCCGCCUUCAUUAAUUGAGCCCGAGUGGGGAGAGGAAUAUGAUAUCGGUCUCUAUGGUAGGAUUGGACUCCAAUGCCACAAUCUUCAAAAGGGAACAAACUUUAAGUUUAAACGCUGGGAAAAACAUAGUAUGCAGAUGACUGGAUCCAUGGACUUCUACGUAACUUUGGAGGCAAUGGAUCCGGCCAACGGCUCUGUCUUUUCUUUUCAAACGCUGUUACGCGACCAAGGACGUCGCAGUCCAUUGGGUGUCAGAUUUUCGUUGCUCAACAUAGUCUCCAGAAUCACUCCUAUUGGUAACGUCCCUGUGGAUCAUCACUGGGACAAGGACCCGCCUGCAAUACAUGACUUCUACAAAAGUCCACUGCCCAAAUGGUUUUCAGAUGAGGCCUUGGCUUGUGACAGUAAAAAGUAUUACGUGGUGCCAGAAUCAGAGCUGCAUGACAACGACUUGCUUCAACUUCUCAUGGAAGUCGCCUUCUUCUCCAAAGCAGAUCGUUGUUUGGAUGCUUACCUACCCUUGGAGCUCAACAGUGUUGUUGUGGAAACUUUUGAAGAUUACACAACAGAGGCCCGUGAGAAGCUCAAGGCAAACAAUGCAAUCUUCUACCUAAGUUACAAGUGUUGCACCGAUCCUUCUUCCGUGACUUUGUCUGGCUAUCCCCAUCUUUCAACGACCUUGGCUGGUGAUCACCAUGCUGUAGUAAGGAAGACCAUGGAUGGCAAACCAGAACACAUGAGACUUGAAGUUUCUCUAACCGAAAAACAAGAAAAAGAGUAGACAUGUGGAGCGAGCUCAGUUGUGUUUUUGCAAACUCUCUUUUGGUGCAUGUUUUAUU